AUGCCUACACUUUCUCUUACCAAAGGAGCAGGCAAGGUUGAGGACAGAUAUCCCAAAAAGAACAUCAUAGUAGAAGAUAUAUCGAUAGAUAGAUUGAAAGGUGGUUUGAAAGCACCCUAGAAUUAACAUUACGGAGGAAACCAAAUGCAACAAUAACAAUAGCAGUAGUGGGGCGGUGGGGGUUUAGGAGCUGGAAUAGGAGCAGGAGCCAAUUAAAUGUAUAACUAACCACCUCCUUAGUAAAACUUCAGUAAUCAGCCUUAUCAGCAGCCAUUCAGUCAAAACCAGUUUUAAUAGCCGCAGCAGUAAUAGCAACAGCCAUAUGUUCAAAAUCAAUUUCAGUAAUAGCAGCAACCAUAUGGAAGUUCUGCGUAAAACAUGCUUGGUGGAGGCUUUGGAGCAAAUCUUGGUGGAGGUCUGAACAACAUGAGCAUGAAUGAUCCAGUACUAAGUGCCCUUUGCUCUAAAGUAAGACAGCAAUACCAAAACGGUAAGAUCAAAUCAAUUGCAGACUUCUUUUUGCCUUACGAUGGAUGCGGAUCUAGACAGUUCGAAUAGUGGGAGCUAGUUUCUAUAAGUGAAGGUCAGAUUUAAAUGGAAGAUGCUAGAAGAUUCCUUGAGCAAAAUGGAGUCAAUCAAGGUCUGGGCAUCAGAUAGAUACCUUAUGCGAAGCUGGCUAACAUGAUCCAGGCACAGACAAACAUUCCACUCGGCUCGACCUAAUUUGAAUCAAUUUACAAGAACAAGAGUACUCUACCUGCUAUUCAAGGAUACUUAACCCAAAUUGCUAGAAUAUUCAAUCAGAGCCCACAGCCAGACAUGAUCUUUGACACAUACAGUAGGAUGCAGUAUAUGGACCAGAAUGAAUUCUCAAGAUUCCUUAACAGUAUAGGUAUAGUAGGUCUUCAACCUUAUGAGGUCAUGCAACUCUUUCAAUACUUUGUUCCUCAAGGUGAGAGCAUGAUAACUAAGAUCAGCUUUAUCCAAGGCGUCAAGAAUGUGGUGCCAGCCCAGCCUGGUGUGGGUGGUCCAGUUGCUUUUGAGGGAGCCAUCUCAAGAAAUAACAUGCCUAUUUUCAACCAAGGUCCUUCCGGCUAAGGCCCUGUUAGCUACUAGACUACUUUCCACACAGCCACCUCAUUCUUAUCAGCAAAUACCUCUGGCUUUGGUAUUGAAAAUCCAUUGGAGCAGUAAUUUCUAAGCAAUGUCAGAAACUUUAUGAACAACAAUCAUGGUCUUACAUUUGAGGGCUUAUUGGCUAAGUCAAACAUCCAGCCAAGUGCUAUUUAUAUAGAGCCACUUUAGUUCUCAGAUUUAUGUUUCAGAGUCGAUCCCAGAUUCCAAUAACAAGAUGUGAACACACUUUUGAGAUUGUACGACUAAGAUCAAUACGGAAGAAUCAAAACUUAUUUGCUUAGACAGAAGAUUGAAAGUGUGAUGAGACCCUUAAGUCAAUUCGGAGAUAGAAAUGCAAAUUUUCAUCUCGAUUUAGAUAGUCAUCUUUUGAACAAUCAAAUGUCACCUAUCCAAAGUCCCUACGGUGGAGAUGCUUCAGCUCACUCUAAUUAUAUAAGACCUCCUCUUGUACUAGAAAAUCCAAUAUCAUUUGGACCUGGACCACAGCAAUAAUAAUUCAUAAACUAGCCUGCGUUUCAAUAGCCAAUAGGUGGAAACCCUUACAACAAUUUUGGAACUGGGUCUUAAUAUAACAUCCAGCCAAUUCUAGACAAAGUAAGUAUGUUCCUCUCCUAGUUAAGAAUCACAAACUUGACUAAAAUCUUUGUCAUUUCGAUAUUAAAGGGCAAGCAAGUAAUUGAGCUUCAAGAGUUUUUGAACUUCUUGCAGUCACCAGGCUUGAAUAUCAGUCAGUCAGAGGCCUACCAAGUAGCCAAUGAAUUCAAAGUCGUUGCAACUAGCAGUUGGAAAUAUCAAACCUAGCAUUUCAUUGACUUGGAAAGGUUUGAAUAAUCUCUCUAUGCUGGAAACAAACCCUAGUUGGAUUUGAUGAUAUAAAAGAAUAACUCAUAUAUGUCUAUGAACAAGGUAUACGAUGCAAUUAGAAGAUAUAUUAUGAUCAAUGGAGGAGACAUUUCUAAGUUCUUCCAGGAGAUUGACAUCAACAAGGACAACUUCAUUUAGAAAUCUGAGCUUAAGAUAGCCUUGUAGAAGAUAGGCCACUAUGAGAUAACAGACUAGGAAAUCGAUAGCAUAUAUUGGAAUUUCGACAAGAACAAGGACGGAAGAAUCUCGUACUCAGAGCUAUGCCAGCAAUUUUCAGAAUUCUCUAACACCAAGGCAAUUAAGGAUUCUUCUCACUGGGCUUAUUACAUUUUUGAGAGUAUCAGAAGAGCCUGCUGUUCCACACAGAGACCAAUAGCUGACUUAUUUGGCCUUCAAGGACUAAACAUUACCAAUUUGCAGCAAAAGAUACCGAUCUCGAAGGAAAACUUCUUUAAAGCAUUAGCUAUUUUACAGAUUCCUCUUACAAUUGAAUACGAGAAAAAGCUGCUUGAGUUACUUGAUGCUGACAACAACUAACAAGGCACAAUUGAUUUCAUUCAUUUCUGUGAGAUGGUAGGCAUGAACUUCCAGCCUUUUUAGCUUUAAUAACUGACAAAUGAGUAUCUCAGAAACCCAGUUGCAGCUGCUUAGCAAGAAAAAGUGAGGAAAUUUUACAGAUCUCUAUUUGAUGUCAUGCAAAGCAAAAAUAUCUCCCUGAAUAACCUUAGAAUGAUAUUUAUGGGCUGCGAUCUGACAGGUCAACUAUCUAUACCUUAUGAUGAAUUCAUUUAAAAGCUCAGAGAGAUUGAUGUUGAGAGAAGAAUAGAUUUUGACGCUGCUAAAGAUGCCCUUGCCAAAUUCUACACAGUCUAGGCAUACUAGCAGAGAGUUAAUUACUCACAGUUUUUAGACAAGCUGCUCUUUGAAAAUGAGAAGUACAAGGUGAUUAACUUGAUCUUUUUGACCCUUCAAGUGGCUAUGGCUAAACUUCAAAAGGUAGAUCUGUAUGAAUUGUUUUCACAGUAUGAUCCUCAUCAAAUGAGGUCCUUUGAUAAGGGAUUACUUUCUUAAGUUCUUGAAAUCCUCGGUCUUAAGUUAAAGAGAGAAGAGAUUGAUUGGGUAUUGAUUGAGUAUGAUACCUAAGGUACCGGAAUAAAGUUAGAUUUCAACACUUUCAAAUAAGAUUUUGAAGCUUAUAAGACAGGAGUUUCCCCGUUAAAUUCUUUCGUUAAUAGACAGCAUAUGUAGUACAAUGACUUCUAGAAAUUCACAAGCACUCAUCAACCCAGCAACCUACCUUUAAACAACAUUGGUAGACAGCCAACAAGCUUGAUCUAAUCUAUUCUAAAUAAGAUUGGUCGUUUCUUAGACUCAAACCUGUCCUACUCAAUACCUAAGUAGCUAUUAGAAUGUGGCAUUACUAAAACAGGUAUCCUUAGCAGAGAAGAUUUUAAGCGCUUCAUAGAAGUGACCAUGUUCCUGAACCGUGAAGAUUGCGAGCACAUGCUCUAGCACUAUGACCCUAUGAUGAGAAAUGAGAUCAAGAUUGCAGAGGUUCUAGUAGAUAUCAAGGACUAAGUAAAAAAUCAUCAGAUAAGAACCACUAUUACAGAACUGGCUCAGGCUUAUAACUUCACUGAAGUGUAAGCUUAGGGCUUUGGAAAUGUGGGUGCUACAGGUGGAGUGAACUCAAUACUGUAAAAGUAUCAGAAGUCAUUUGAAGAGAUUCAGAAAGCGAUUAUUGUGCAGAAUAUGAAUACAUUUACUUACUUCUCCUAAUUUAGUGCUGGCGCUCCAUAUAUUAAUAAAGAUGCAUUUAGAACCGCUAUGCAGAGACUUUAGCUGUCUCACUUAUCAGCCUUAGACAUUGACACGAUCUUUGAGGCAUUAGACUCAAUGCACAAGCAUAUCAUAUAAAUUGACAACUUAGACUAAGCCAUCAGAUAAAACUCUCGUCUAUCUUAGUAGCAAAUGCAUGAAGAAAUCCUGUCCAAGCUUGUAGAAGUCUUUAAUGGCGAUGACACCUUUUUGCUCUCUCAGCUAAUGGAAAGAGAUAGAACUCGUACUGCCUAAUUGGAUCUUACUACUUUCAUUGACUAUUUCCAAAGGAAUUCUCCCAAGAAUAUCGUGAUGAGUAAGAUUGACUUGACUUUCCUAGCCAUGAAGUAUACCAAUCCUCAAUUGAGCCCCAACAUUGUUAACGUUAACUUAUUCUUGGAUGACUUUAACUUGAUCAGGAAGUAAAGAGGUAUGAUGAGGGGAGAUUUCUCCGGAAUGCAUUAGAUGAAUGAGUUCGGUGGGAGCUUCGGGGGCAAUAAAGCUCCAGCAGCGAUGCUUAAUACUGGCCACAGAAAUCUAUUCCUCCCUCAAAUGACUUCAACUAAUACCAUUGCUGAAAAAAAUCAUAUAAUGAAACCUCAUGACUUUAGAAUCAGUAUUGAAUCAUAGUAUCUCGAAGAGCUAAUGAGAGCGACAUAUCUUGCAGGUAAGACAGUUCAAGAAUACUUUGCUGAAUUCAGUCAGAGAAUGAACGGAGGCAUCCUUCAAGAGAACAACUUCCUCACAGCUAUACAAAACCUUAAUAUCAAUUGGGUUCAGUCCACUGCUAACAAACACUUUUAGCAAAUAGAUCUGUGCUUUAACAGUUAUCAGCAGAAAAGAUAGAUAACUCCUGAAUAGAUCGAUUAAGCAGUUUACUUUGGCAGUAAAAGUAAGCCAUAUACUUAUCAUAACCAAUUUCUAUAGAAACAAUAGAUUAAAUCUGGAUAUAACCUUAGGAAUGAGAUAUAGAGAGUAGAUCCUGCAGUUAACUAGCAGAUUCACAUAAGUGAGAUGAGGAAAAUUAUCUUAGAUGUGAUCAGAGUGCCCACCUUGAAUAAUGACGACAUUGACUUCCUCUGCAAGAAGUAUAUCCAUCACAUUCCAAAUCAAGUACAAUACAAGCAGUUCCUAGAUGAUUACGAGAAUGUUAUCAAGCUUUAGUUCUCAAAUGUAGCUAGCUCUUAAAAGAUUUGUGAAUACAUAAAAAAGGCUGCAUCAAUAUAGGGCUUGACAAUUAAAGAUUGCUUCUCAAAGUACAGCCAUACAAGAGGCCUCCUGUCCUAAGCAGAUUUUCUUACUGCUAUGAAUUCGCUUGAGAUAUGCCCAGUUAUCUUUGAGAACAGGCAAGCAGAUGCUCUAUACAAGGAAAUCAACCUUCGAAAUGCAGAGAUGGUAACGAUUGCUGAAGUAGAGACAUUUGUAGUAAAUUUGGCAGCUAAACCACUUAAAGAUAUGCAAAAUGAUGUUAUUGAUGAAAUGAUAUCCAAGUUGCAGGCUAGAAACAAAGUGGUGGACAACAUAUUCAAAAGAGAUGACCCUAUUAGCAAAGGCUUACUUCCACUUCAUAUCUUUACAAAGGUACUUGGUACAGACCUGUUCACUAACAAGCUUGAUGCUGAGCUUAUAGCAUUGAGAUAUCAGGAUAAAGACUUGAAUGUCAACUAUAAUAUGUUCAUAAAAGAAUUUAAAAUUAGAGAGAAGACCUACAAAGCAGGAGGUGUGAGUGGAGCGACUUACGGCUAAGGCGUUGGAUAAGAGUUUGGAUUCUAAUCUAACUUAGGAAUGAGCUCAUAAAUGGCUACUGAGCAAACUAAAAAUAGACUCAAAGAAACACUAAUAAAAAUUAAUGAUCUUGUAAAAAGCAGAAAUUUGCAACUGGCAUCUCAACUUGGACAGCAUGAAAGAGGCUCAGCUACUGGAGUAAUCCCGUUUGAUCUAUUUAACCAGACACUAAUGUCCUAGAGUCUCCCCAUUCCAUCAAACGAUCUGAUGUUUGUAGCUGACAACUACAUUGUAGAAGGUGGAGAUCGUUACAACAGAUUCGUUGACUAUAGACAGUUCUUGUAGGAUUUGAAGUUCCACGGCAGGUCCUAAGUUCAAUAGUUGCGUAAUGCAUUGACUAAGGACUAGGCUGACAUAUAUGCAAAGUUAGGAAGAGAUGUCAAAAGAAAUGGAAAGGCUAAUUUGUUAGCUGAUGAUUUGCUAGCUAUUGAUAUCACUCAGAGAUUUUACCUGACCUAGACUGAGAUUAGUAAUGUACUAAAAGAGAGAGGAUAUCCCUUCUCUUCACUGCAAAUGAAAAAAUUGUUAAGUCCUCUAGAUCAGAACUCUUAAGGUCAGUUCAACUACAAGCAAAUGCUAGAGUUGCUGGUUGGUGAAGAAGCAGCUGCUUCCUUAUUCUAGGGAGGUCUUGUAGGUGCUGGCAAAGGUAGAGCCAAUAUGGAUGUGCAAUUUGUGAUGCCAAUGCAAGCAAUUGGAGGAUAAAAUGCUCGAAUGAACAAUAUAGGUAAAGAGCUGAUAAAAACAGGCAAUAACUACGAGGAGGCAUUUAGAAGAGUUCUUACACCCGAGAGAUCGCAAGGCCCAAAUCCAAAGUUGAAUCUUGAAGAUAUAUAUGCUGCUUUGGGGAUUUGUGGCUUUUCCCCGUCAGUGGAUGAGAGAAUAGAAAUAUAAGAAUUUUCACUAGCAAAGCAAGAUAACAAUGGAUUGAUAUCAGUCAUUGAAUUCUUACAAGCUAUUGGACUGCCUAAUUAGACACUUGGACCCAGAGGCUAGAAAGCACUUCCAAGGAGAAUUCUUAACAAGAACGAACUUAAACAGGCACAGGAUUUGGUAAAUGUAAUAAGGACUGAGAUAAUGAAUAAGGGAUAGCAAGUGAAGGAUGUAUUUGAGCCCUGGAAGAAACAACAUGGUGAGAUAAGUCUGCCAAUUUUUAAGUUCAAACUAGCCCUAGCCAGCAUCAAUCCGAGAUGUGGGUCUUUCACUGAGUAGCAGAUAGAGCUACUCACCUAUUACUUGGCUUAAGAAGUCUAGAAUGAGAUAUCCUACAAGAAGCUAUACCUGGCUUGCACAAGAACAAGCACAGACCCACCCUUGAACUAAGAAGGAGCAGAGGAGAUCAAGAACUAUGAGAAGAAAAUCACAGAAAAGCUGAAGAAGGGCACACCCAUUGAGAUCCUAGAUCUCAAGUUUUACAUGAACUAGAAUAACUUGAUGAUACAGAACAUCUUCAAGCAAACACAGAAGGGUGAGAUACAGAGGCAGGUGUUUGAAACUGCGCUCAAGAAUGUAGGCUAUCAGGCCAAAGACAUGCAGAAGUUGAUUGAGAUCCUAGACACAAGAGGUAGCAGACAAUUCGUGAGCUUAGACAAACUCUCCACCUAUCUGAGCAAAGCACAGUCCAUUGAUGGCAGUAGAAACAUCACUCCGUAGAUUGCGAGGGAUAGAUAUCAAGGCUUCGAUGCUAAAUGCAGACUGCAACUGCAAAAGAUCAGUGAGUAUCUGAAGAGAAAGAACUAUACCAUAUAGAAAAUGUUCCAGGAAAUGGAUGUUAAUGGAGAUGGUACUGUUGAUAAAUAGGAAUUCGUUAGCAGGCUCAAUUAUAUGGGCAUACCAGGCAUCAUGCCCUCAGACUAUGGAAUGAUAUUUGAUGCUAUUGAUGUGAACAACGAUGGAGUGCUAUCCUACAGUGAGUUUGGAAUGUUUAUAGAAGGUGCUAAAGCCACUAGACAGCAGAGAACUUAGGAGCUUGACCAGAACUUGAUUGAAAGUAUGAAGAAAGAGAUCAAGGACCUGUUCCACUAAUUCGAUGAGAACUCGGAUGGCAAAGUCACAGCUGAUGAGAUAGUCAAAUCAAUGAUGGCAAUCGGUCAGAGAAUUACACUAGAUGAAGCAGCCAACAUGAUCGCUUAGAUUGAUCAUAAUGGAGAUAGGGCUCUUGAUGAAAAUGAGUUCAUUCAGCUUAUGCUCCCAAAGAUGAAGGAAGAUCUGCUGAGUUAAGAAGAUAGUCUAGAAGACUUGAGAGCCAUGUUUAUGGAUGCAGAUGUGGACCACUCAGGGACAUUGAGUAUAGAUGAGAUCUAUGGAGUCAUUCAGAAGUUAGGGGCAGAUGUGACAUUCGAGGAUUUAAUUGAACUGAUGAAUGAAAUCGAUGUGAAUAGAGAUGGGGAACUGGACAUUGAUGAGUUCAUUGCUUUGAUGAAUAUGGGAGAUGAGUUGCAGUUUAGGAAUGCAAUGAGCAAGAAUACUUUUAUGAACAUAAAGAGAGCCAGAAAACUACAUCCACUUGACUUCUUCAAAAACUUCAAAAACAUGCCUCAGAACUUUGUUCCCUCUUUCUUCACAGAGAAAUGGGUUAAGUUCAAGAAAAAUCUACCCAGUUCAGUAUUUGUUCCCUAGAUUGACCCAGCAACAAUGCUUUACAAAGACCUAUACCCAGUAUUGCAAGAAAACCUAACUCCUAAUCAGAUGCAAUUAGCUUUUCAGCCAAGAGUUAGACCCCUUAUUACAGAAGUGGGAUGCCAACUGCUAUUAGAGGAGGCUACUGGAGUGCCAAUGCCAGCUUCAGGAUAGGGAUUCGACAGUAGAACUUAGAUAGUCAAAAGAGUGGUGAGAAUAGGACUAUAUGAUACAGUCAAGAAAGACUUCAUCAUUAAUGCUGUGCAAGUAAACGCUUUAUACAACUAAGUUGAUGAGGAUGUGUGGAAAUUCAACUCUUGGGGUGAUAACGGCACUAAUCCAGUACUAUUUAAGACUAGCAACAGAGAUGAGUACAUCAAACCUCACAUCUUUGUUAUUUUUGAACUGGUCACAGCAGUCAAGAUAAAUGAUAAGGUGACUGAGAUGAGCUGUGGGUGGUGCUAGUUAGAGACGACCUUAUUGGAUAGAGGGUUGAAGCAUAAAUUGCCUAUUAAGGGAGGAUCACCGAAUGCUGAGAUGCUUAUCAAGGAUUAAGAUAUACACACUAACAGAACUGGAAUGAAAUACAUUAUCGGUAAAUUGUAGUCUAAGAUCCCAUCUCAACUAACAGUAGUAAUAAGGACUCAUUAGAAAUUCAGUGAUGAAACCAAACUUCAUCUAGACCUACUUCCUAGCACUUGUUUCAUUCAAAAAAGACUCUUGUACUUUGUAAGUGGCUUUAGAAACUACAUUGGAGAGAAAUUCCUUAAAGCUUCCCAAAUGAGUUAGUUCAGACAGCCUGAAGGAGAUGUAGUGAUAUCAUGCUUCCCUAGAAUUCUGGACAACCCUGAUAUCUGUGAGCAAAUUAUAGCAAUCUGGACUGAAGAUGUUUGGAAGCAAAUGAGUGCUAAGAGUAAGAUGCAGAUAAAUAUUCUAAUGGAGAGGACUUAGGAAUUCAUCUAGAAGCUCUAUCCAGUGAUCUACGCCGAUGAAUUCAAAUUCAAAGAGUCUGACUAUACCAUGUCUGCAGCUGGUGAUUAAUACCUAUUAGGUAAAAGAGAGGAGCUGAUAAGAGCAGCGCUGUGUAAUCGCAUGGAUUCAAAGAACAAGGGAGUUAAGCAUCUAGAAGAAUUAACAACGUUUAAGCCAUUCACUGUCAGAGAACUAGAAUUCGAAGUAUGGGAUACUAAGAUAGCCAAGCAAGAUAGAUACAUGAGGCAGUAUGAGGAGAUUGGUCUGAUAAGCAGCAGUAAAGUUCCAAGCAAUAACAACAGCAUGAUGGGAUCACAGAAUCUAGCUGGAAUAGGGCAAUUCUCUUAAGGAUUUGGAAAAAACUUGAUGAUUGAUGCUAACAUAAACAUCUAGAGACAACCUGCAGCAAUGCUAUCACCUAACCAUAAUAUUCAGAUGUAACAGCAAUAGCAAUAGUAGUACCCAAGAGGUGGAUUAAUGCAGGCAGCUAUGAAUCGUUUCAAUUGA